AUGACAAAUCGACCUGAAGUCAUUCGAACAAAUUCUAAGAUGACUUGUAUAAAUGCGUGUAUUGAAAUUGAUCUCACUGGACAAGUUGCAUCUGAUUCCAUUGGUAGUACCUUCUAUUCGGGGUUCGGUGGCCAAGUGGACUUUAUCUCAUCCGGGUCUACCACAUAUGAUGGCAAAGGAAAGGCAAUCAUCGCUAUGCCUUCUCGAACAUCUAAAGGAAAAUCAAAAAUCGUUGCCAGUCUAUCUCAGGGCGCAGGAGUGGUAACUACACGUGGACACGUACGAUUCGUUGUCACUGAAUAUGGAAUUGCGGAUUUAGGAGGAAAAAACAUCCGUCAGAGGGCUUAUGAGCUGAUUAGAAUUGCCCAUCCAGAUGAUCGUCAACAGCUAGAAAAGCAAGCAUUCGAACGUCUAAAAUGCAUGCCCUCUCUUUACUGA